AUGGCUUUUCCUCCGAUUUGGUGUGGUUGGAUUAAGGGGAUUCUCGAGUCAUCUAGAGCCGCGGUCCUUGUUAAUGGUUCGCCGACCUUCGAAUUUAAAUGUGAAAAGGGUCUUCGUCAAGGUGAUCCUAUUUCGCCAUUCUUAUUCUUAAUUGUGAUGGAAUCUCUUUCAUGGUUAUUGAAGAAAGCUAAAGAGAUCGGCGAAUUCAAGGGUAUUAAUUUCCCGGAUAAUGAAGUGGAUAUUACUCAUCUAUUCUAUGCGGACGACACCCUAAUUUUAGGAGAAUGGUCUCGCGAGAAUAUUCAGAGUACGACCAAGAUUCUUCGAAUUUUCUAUCUUUUUUCGGGUCUUCGGAUUAAUCUCUAUAAGUCGAAUUUAUUUGGGGUUGGCACCGAAGACAUGGAGGUUGAUAACAUGAUGGAAAUCUUGGGUUGUAAAAGAGGAGGGAUUCCUUUCGUUUACUUAGGAAUUCAAGUAGGGGCUAAGAUGACUCGUAUUAGCAAUUGGACCUCUAUUAUUGAAGUUAUAAAGGCUCGUCUUGUGUCUUGGAAAGCGAAAACAUUAUCGAUUGGGGGCCGGUUAAUUCUUAUUAAAUCGGUUCUUGAAAGUUUACCAAUUUAUUAUCUUUCGCUUUAUAAAGCUCCUAAGGUGGUGAUUGAUAUUAUUGAGGCUAUUAUGAGACGUUUUUUGUGGGCGGGUUCUAGUGCAGAAAGAAAGAUUCCAUGGGUUGCUUGGGAUAUAAUAACUACUCCGAAAAAGAAAGGCGGUUUAUGCGUGACAAAGUUACAAGAGGUCAAUGAAGCGCUUCUUCUAAAAUGGACGUGGCGAUUCAAAAAAGAAGGUAAUAGCUUAUGGAAGAAAAUUAUUAUGGGGUGUCAUGGUUCGAGUAGGCCUUGGGCUAUGUUACCAUGUAGCGCUUCGGCUAGUGGUUGUUGGAAACAAAUCGUGAAAGUGGGGGAGAAAAAACUUCCAAAUGGCAAGUCUCUUAAUAGUUAUUUUGUUGGUAUGCUUGGUGAUGGUUCUACUAUUAACUUUUGGGGAGACACUUGGUUACGAGAAGAACCUCUUCGAAUUACAUAUCCAAACCUGUUUAGACUAGAAAAAAAGAAAUGGGUCAAGGUUUCAGCUCGGCUUCAAUGCGUGAAUGAUGUUAAGAGCCUUGAGUGGGAUUGGAGGUCGGCUCCUUUUUCAUAUGAGGAAUUGACACUCCUAGGUGAUAUCCACGAAUUUAAUUGGAGAGGAGGAUUAGAUGAAUGGAAGUGGAAGGCCGAAGCCGAUGGUAUUUUCACUGUGAGCGUUGCAAAAAAAAUUGAUCGCCUCUACUUCGCAGUCAGUUAA